AUGCCCGAACUUAGUGAUCAAUUGUGGAUUUGGGCAUCUCAUGUCUCAAUUUCCAAUUUGCCUCAAUUUUUAAUUGGAGCAGUGUUCAACUUGGUGCACCACAUGUCUCAAAUUAAUUUGCCUCAAUAUUAA